GAAAUUUUUAAUUUAUUGGAUGCUCAUGGCUUGGUUUGUUUGCAUUUUAUAGGCUAAGGCUAGUUAUUAUUGUGCUUCACAAAAUUAAACUAUAUUUUUUGAAUUUGUGAGUUUGAAAUUUUGUUUAAAGUGGAAUAAGGAUAUUUUUGUAAUAUUUUUUAUUUCUUGUAAAUUAUUACUUUAUUGAUUGUAUCUAUUCAUAAUAGAUUACUGAAAACAAGAGUUGUGUCUCAGAAAAGGUUCCUUUUUUCUCUGAGGUGUCUACAAGGCAUUUCUUUUUGAAGAAAAGUUUAAUUUAACACUACAAAAUGCCACGAAUAAUGAUAAAAGGUGGUGUUUGGAGAAACACAGAGGAUGAAAUCCUCAAAGCAGCGGUGAUGAAAUAUGGCAAAAACCAGUGGUCUCGUAUAGCAUCGCUGCUACACAGAAAGUCAGCCAAACAGUGCAAGGCUCGUUGGUUUGAGUGGCUGGAUCCCAGCAUUAAGAAAACAGAAUGGAGCCGCGAAGAAGACGAAAAACUGUUGCAUUUGGCGAAGCUGAUGCCCACUCAGUGGCGCACUAUUGCGCCCAUCAUUGGUCGCACUGCCGCUCAGUGUCUCGAACGAUACGAGUAUCUACUAGAUCAAGCACAAAAGAGAGAAGAGGGAGAAGAUGCUGCAGACGAUCCAAGAAAGUUGAAGCCUGGAGAAAUAGACCCAAACCCCGAAACAAAACCAGCCCGACCUGAUCCAAAAGACAUGGACGAAGAUGAACUGGAAAUGCUGUCUGAAGCGCGAGCGCGUCUUGCCAACACACAGGGAAAAAAAGCAAAGAGGAAAGCUCGCGAAAAACAAUUGGAAGAAGCUAGACGGUUGGCAGCUCUACAGAAACGUCGUGAGUUGAGAGCGGCCGGCAUCGAGUUAGCUCCCCGGCAGAAGAAGAAACGCGGCGUCGACUACAACGCAGAGAUUCCGUUCGAGAAACGACCGAUGGCCGGCUUCUAUGACACCUCCACCGAAGAGGUCGACCCGCUGGCUCCCGACUUUGGCCGACUGAGGCAGCAGCAUCUGGAUGGCGAGCUGAGGAGCGAAAAAGAGGAGCGAGAAAGAAGAAAGGACAAACAGAAGCUGAAGCAACGGAAGGAGAACGAUGUCCCAAUGGCGAUGUUGCAAAAUCAAGAGCCUGCCAAGAAGAGGAGUAAACUUGUUUUGCCUGAACCACAAAUAUCAGAUACGGAAUUGCAACAAGUAGUGAAAUUGGGCCGGGCUAGUGAAGCGGCGAGAGGUGCAGUGACCGAAAGCGGGACUCCGUCAGCGUCUGACGCGCUGCUCGCAGACUACUCGGUGACCCCGGCCGUCAACGCGGCUCGAACCCCGCGCACUCCUGCCGCCGUCACUGAUCGCGUACUGCAGGAAGCUCAAAAUAUGAUGGCACUGAGUCACGUUGACACACCUCUGAAGGGAGGUCUGAACACACCUCUGCAAAACUCUGAUUUCAGUGGAGUCAAUCCGCAGAAAGAAAUUAUUCAAACUCCGAAUACUGUUCUGUCGACGCCGUUUUCUCAAAGGACAACUCAAGAUGGGAGAACACCAGGCUUCCAGACUCCUAGGAGUGAAAUGGGAGGUGGCAUCAACCCGACACCAGUCCGCGACAAACUGAAUAUCAACCCAGAUGACAUGAUGGACGCCCCUGAUACACCGAUAGCCAUGCGCAACUACCAGAGUCAAGUCAAAGAGCAGCUAGCAGCAGGUCUCAACGCGUUGCCCAACCCGAAAAACGACUACGAGAUAGUUGUGCCUGAGGAGGAGAUGAACUCAAGCGAUGCUAAGCAAUCCAGGCAGUUGUCGGUUGAAGAUCAGGCUGAUGUGGACGCCAGAGCGGCGGCGGUGUUGGCGCUAGAGCGGGAAAAAGAGCUGAAAAGUAGGUCACAGGUCGUGCAAAGGAGUCUACCUCGACCUCCUGAUGUCAACAUUGUGUUGAGACCGAUGAACUCCGAGCCUCCACUCACUGAUCUCCAAAAGGCUGAGGAACUCAUCAAGCAGGAGAUGAUCACCAUGUUGCAUUAUGAUGCUAUCUAUUCCCCUGAUACCGAAAAAACGAGUAAUAGAAACAUGAUGAGUCAAGCACAACACAUGGCACACCUCGAACAACAUCCCUACGAAUCGUUCACUCCUCAGGAGCUGGCACGUGCCGAGGAGAUGCUGAAGAAAGAGAUGGAAGUUGUGAAACAAGGCAUGAGUCAUGGUGAGUUGUCUCUCGAGUCUUUUUCACAAGUUUGGGACGAGUGUUUCUCCCAUGUGCUAUUCCUAGCCAAUCAAAACCGGUAUACCAGAGUCAGGUUAGCCAGCAAGAAAGACAGGCUGGAAUCUUUGGAAAAGCGGUUGGAACAAAACAGAGGGCACAUGACUAAGGAGGCUAGGCGAGCAGCGAAAAUGGAGAAGAAAAUUAAAUUGAUUACUGGUGGUUACCAGACUAGAGCACAAGGACUUGUGAAACAAUUCCAGGACCUUGUUGACCAAGUAGAACAAGCGCACAUGGAGUUGUCGACCUUCAAGUUUCUGCAGCAACAGGAGGAAGCGGCAAUCCCGCGCAGAAUGGAAUCCCUGACCGAUGACGUCAAUCGACAGAUGGAGAGAGAGAAAAGCUUGCAGAAAAAAUUUGGUGAACUUAGGUUAGCGGUGGCAGAAGGCAAACAAACUCAGUUGUAAAUGUGAUCAUAAUAUUAUGAUAGUAUGAAUUAUGUAUACUACAUCUGAAUUAUGUGCGCAUAAUAUUAUGAUAGUAUGAAGUAUGUAUACUACAUCUGAAUUAUGUGAACAGUGUGAAUUUUGACUGUUAGUCCGGGCGCAAAUGUCAUUCCGUGGUCAUUUUUGAGUAAAAGCCGUGGAAGAUGUCUCAAUUUCUUCGUUAGGUCUAGCAUAAUAAGGAUCGUGAUGAUGAUAAGUCGAAAUCACAGGCAAACACCUCGGAAACAAGAUGGCCGCCAAAUUUUUUAGGGUUUUGCUAUAUCGCUUGUAUUUCAAUAACCGUUCAAGAUAUUGAACCGUUUUCUUAGACGAAAAUAUUUUAAAAUCUUCCUCUACAAAUUUUGUUCUAUAAAAGUUUCCUCUAAAACGCAUAUUUUUUUAGUUAUAACCUUCAAAAACCCUGAAAAACUUUUAUUUCUAAAUUUCUCUAAAUUACAUUCCAUUAUAACUUUUUUUUGUGCAAGAGAUACAGAGAAAUUUUAAAUCUAUGAAAUUUAGAGCGUCUUUUCAACUUUGGAAAGAUAUAUCUUCAUGCGCUGUAAGUCAAAAAAUGAGUUCUCCAGCGCCAUCCAAAGAAAACCCUGCAUGAUUUCUGGUGCGUUUUUCCAUACGCAUGAGGUAACAAGCUAGAACUAUAAA